UUAAAAUCAUCCAUAUUUUGAUUUUACUUCUCUGCUAUAAAUUUACUGAUAUAGGAGGUACAGCAUAAGAGAUAAAGGUGUUCACUGGUAAGAGCAAAAUUUUGAUUCUACUUCUCUGCUAUAAAUUUACUGAUAUAGGAGGUACAGCAUAAGAGAUAAAGGUGUUCACUGGUUAGAGCAAAAUUUUGAUUCUACUUCUCUGCUAUAAAUUUACUGAUAUGGAAUGCACAGAAACAGAAAGUACAAAGAUGCUACAUCUUGGAGCAAUAUUUUCUUUAUAUGCUUCAUUAUCUAGGACUAUUGAAGAAUUUGAGAAUUCUAAUUUUGUAAAUGUCUAUAUAGCAAGGUCCUAUCUACUAAAAGCACCAUAUCCUGUAGACGUUAUAAAUCUUUUUAAAUAUCGGAAAGUUUAUUAUUCUUGCAAAUAUGGUGGCACAAUUCAAAAAAGCAACUCCAAGGGUAUCAGAAAUUCCUCAACAUUUCGCAAGAAGUGUUCCUUUAAAUUUACAUUAUACCUUAAACAUAAGGACACUGGACAUUACUUAGAAAUUGUGACCAUGGUUGAUGAGCACUGUAAUCAUGAUUUAAAUAGUAUUACUUUCCAAUCCUUACCUAAACAAAGAAUGCUUUCUGUGGAGGAAAAGCAAAUAGUCGAAAAUUUGUUAAAACUAAAGGCAAACAAGCUAAAAAUUCAGGAAUCUCUUCUGAAAAUGGGUAAAAAAAUGACACUUAAAGAUAUACAUAAUGUCCAGACAAAAAUUAAUAAAACCAAGACCAAUGACUUAGCAAGUAUUUUUGAACUAUUAAAAAGUGAUAAAGGAGCCAUUGUUGAGGUUGCUGAAGAAAAUGAUGUAUUGCUAGGUAUUUUCUUUCAGGACAGGAUAAUGCAACAAAAUCUAAAAAGAUUUCCUGAAGUUAUGUUUGUAGAUGCUACCUACAAAUUAAAUAAUUAUGGAAUGCCUUUAUUCAUCACUUUGGUUGUUGAUGGUAAUGGUGAGUCACAAAUCAUAUCACUUUGGCUUGUACAAAGUGAGAGCUAUAAGUGUGUCAAAACGAUGUGUGAUUAUAUGAAAUUCCAUAAUAAUAACUUGGAAGAUCUGGAGGUUAUUGUUGCAGAUAAAGAUAUGGCAGAUAGACAUGCCUUUUAUGAUAGUUUUCCUGGGGUGAGCAUACAUAUCUGUAUAUUUCAUGCUCUUAGAAUAUUUAAGAGAGAAAUUACAGUGGAUAAAAGAAAUAUCACCUCAUCUGAGGUUAAGAUAGUACUGGAUAUAUUACAAAAAAUGGUCUAUAGCAAGACAGAGGAUAUAUACAAUGAUCUAUAUUCAAAACUUAUUGAAUUAGACAUGCCUCUAGUGUCAUUAUAUUUUAAUAUUAAUUGGCACCAUAUCCGGAAAGAAUGGGUGAUAUACUGGAGAAAUGACUCACCACAUCUCCUUAAUCUAACCAAUAACCGGCUUGAAUCAUUAAAUCAAAAGAUAAAAAGAGUCGUUAACAAAUAUUCACCAUUAAACGACCUUUUUCAGAUUUAUCAACAGUGGUUGGUUCUCAGGCAUAUGAAAGGCAAUUUAGAAAUAUAAUGAGUGUAGAGAGGCAACAGAUUGUAACAUACGCAUCAUAUACCCCAGAGCAUGCAUACUCCACUCUUUUAACCCCAUAUGCUUUCAAAAUUGUUUUAAACGAAAUUUUGCUACAUAAUCAAAUUCAAAUAUUCAAUAUGGAUACUAUUUUAAACCAAGGAUUCAUCUGCGAAAAAGGUGUUGAAUUUAAGGUAACAUUGGAUUCUUGUACCUGUGGAUUUUUGAUUUUUGAAAUGUAUCAAGCUUCCUUGUCGCCAUAUAUUAGCACUUCAUGCUACAUCAAAAUUCGACAUUUAUCUUAGUCAUCUUUGUGGUGAGAGAUGGACUAAAAAAUAUACGCAAGACACAUUAUUAAUGCCACCAGUAAACACAUCACAAUCAUACCUAAAUAUCUCAAAACAUGAUACUAUUCCUUUAACAAAAAAUUUAUCUACCAAUGAUAAAUUUAAAAAGGUACAAAGAAUAUUGCUGCCCUUUUCAGGGUUAAUGUCACACCUUCCUCAAGAAAUCUUUGAUAUAUUUCUUGAAAAAUUAAAAAAACUUGAAGAUAUUGUCCAAGGAGGAAAAUAUUUUGAUGUUUUGGAAGUGGAUCAAAUGAUAUUUCCAAAUCCAAUAGUUAUGCCCAAAUUUAUUAACAGUCAACAAGAUACAAAUGUAAUGAUUCCAGUCAUAAAAACUACAAUUAUGACUGAGACUGAAAUCAAAGAUAAUGACAAAACUUUGAAGAGGCUAAAAAGUAUGAAAAUGCCUCUCAAAAUGAAAAAAAGAGGUAGGUAUAGGCAAUCCAACUUAUCAGUGAUAGGCCUUUCGAGGAAACAGAGGAAGUUUUCAGCAAACAAAUCUCAACAUAAUAAUCCUCUUAUUAAAAAUGCUAUCUCCAGCAUGAUGUUGUCCUCAAGUAAUAAUAUAAUAGCAAAUAAAAUGGGGUUCAAGUCACAACCUUGCAAUACUCUUGCUAAAAAUGCUAUGCCCGAUUUUGUUGUCCUCAAGUAAUAUAAUACCAAAUAAAAUGGGGUUCAAAUCACAACCUUGCAAUACUCUUGCUAAAAAUGCUAUGUCAGGCCCGAUUUUGUUGUCAUCAAGUAAUAAUAUAAUACCAAAUAAAAUGGGGUUCAAGUCACAACCUUGCAAUACUCUUGCUAAAAAUGCUAUGUCAGGCCCGAUUUUAUUGUCCUCAAGUAAUAAUAUAAUACCAAAUAAAAUGGGGUUCAAGUCACAACCUUGCAAUACUCUUGCUAAAAUGCUAUGUCAGGCCCGAUUUUGUUGUCC